AUGGACGUGUAUUUUCAAUUGCCGCAUUGUGAAAUAAAUGAAAAUGUUUUAAAAAAUGUUCAAUCGGCUGUUUUAAAACAACGUAUCACACAUAUUAUAGAUUGUGAAGCGUAUACAUGGCGUAAGAAGCAUUUUUUACGUGAAGUUUCGGUAUUAUGUCGAAAUACAAAUAUUAUUACAACGUAUCAGAUAUACAUUCCAAACGUCAAGCUGUUUGAUGAAAAUGAUCGCGCAAUCCUUUACCAAAUAAGGGUAAUACAUGGUCUACCUAUUCAAAGACAUCGUAUUGAUGCUAAUUUUUAUCACUAUCAGGAAAUACAGGAUAUGUUGUGUAAAAUAUUUGAAAAAGCCGAUCUCGUAGCGUACAAAGGUGGAAAUAUUGAACGUGAUUUAUUAAAUAGAUUGAAUAUACCGUGUAUUAAUAUGGAAAUUUUAGGAUGUCCCAAAUAUGAGUGUCUAUUGACAAGGUUCAAGGUGAAACAUGAAUGUUGCCCCUAUCAUAUAACAGGUGAAUAUCAUUGUUCGCGACACGAAGUGAAAUUAUUUGGACAGUUUUUAGAGACACUAUGAAUUGUUAUAACGUACCACUAAAUCUUAGUGCAUUAGGUGUGUUACUUGAAAAUUAUUCUUAUGAUCCUGUGCUAUGGUCUUUGUAUGCAACAUGUCAGUACUUGUAUGCCAAAAAGUUUGAGGAAGUGAAAAAUGGUCUAGGCGUAAAGGAAAUUCGUAUUAAACGGUAUUCUGCUGCCGAGACGUAUACGCUAGUAAAGAAUCCUGAAACGGAUCAAUUGUCAGUUAAAAAAAAAUCACUUGUGUGGUUAAAGGGUAUUUUGGGUGGUGUUCAUGAUUUGAUUUUAGUUGAUCCCGAUAAAAAUCACUAUGCAGUGGUCGUGCUUGAGAACAAUAAACGUGUCAGUUCGAUCGGCUCUGAUGAAUAUGAAAGUGAUGAUGAUGCUCGUGAUGGUCGUCCUGAAAAAUCAUUUUACAUUAUUCCUGCAGAAUGGCUGCCCUAUGUAUACGUACGCGUGGUAGACAAUGUAUGGAGUAUGUAUUUGGCGAAAUCAAAGUUUUGUUGUCGCCAGAUUUUGAAGCGCGGUGAUGUUAUGGUUGUACGUCGUGAUUCUAUCAAUAUUAAACAAGAGUAUGUAGUUUCGCAAGACUACUUUCAUAUCGGGGUCGGCGCGUGUAAUGAACAAAUUCACGAUGUACUUUCCGAUGUGGGUAUAUUUGUGAAUGCAAAACAAUUAUACGAUGCGGUUAUUCGACAGGCUGAACCCUAUGGUAAAGAAAGAGAGGUGAUUUAUGCGUUGGGGGUCCAUGAGGCUAUAUUUCCGUUUGGUAAUAAAAACUGAAAGGAAAAACUUUUAAAUUAAUUAUGCGACAUCUUUUAGUGUGUCGUCGUUGUAAUGUAUUUGUUGAUAAAUUAGUAGAAAUGCUUUGUAUGUGUUUAGUUGAGAAUGAUAGUUUAAAUUCAAUUAUGAAUAGCGCUGGUGGUGAUAAGCUUUUAGGAGGGUCUAUACCCUGUUUUACAUAUAUUAUGGACGGUGAUUUUGAAAUUAUGCGUCGGGAUGCUUAUAGAGCCCCGUUAAAGAUGGCUGAAGUAUGUGAUAGUAUUUGUGUAGAAAUUAUUGAUCCAUUUUUUGAAAAAUAUCAUUGA